AUGUGUUUCAUCAACUCCAACCUGUUGAUGUACUUGAUUUAUCUUCAGAAUCACCUUGUUGGAGAUCAAGUGUUGAAAUUUCGCCACAAAAAAAUAUAUAAUACAUUUAAGGUCGGUGGACAUAAUAAUAGUGAUUCGGAAUUAGAUAGUGUGGAAGUUUUUGAUUACAAUACUCAAGAAUGGUGCUUGUUAUCUAGUGUGUUUAAUAGAAGAUCUGGCCAUGGGAUCGGAGUCUUGAAUAAUUUUUUAUAUGCGGUUGGAGGAAGAGAUUCAUCAUCACGGCAUUUAAAAACUGUUGAAUGUUAUGAUCCCAGUCUUGAUUCAUGGACAUCAGUCGCAAAAAUGUCUGUAGGUCGAGAAAGUCCUGGAGUAGGAGUCUUAGAAGGUUUACUGUAUGCUGUAGGCGGUCAUCAUGGAUUUAAAAGACUGAGUAGUGUUGAAGCAUACGGACCAAGUACAGAAGUUUGGACUACUAUUGCGGACAUGAAUUUUCCUCGAAGUGGUGCAGGAGUAGUUGCAGUAGACGGUUUACUGUAUGUCUUUGGUGGAGCUGACGAGUCCCACAUUGACGAUUCUACAGAAUGUUACAACCCAAAAACUAAUACCUGGAACAUAGUUGCACCGUUAAGGAUUCAUGAACAUGCCAGAGUAGUAGCCAUUAAUAGGCCACGAAAUUUAAAAACUUGUUAACAUUCAUUAUUUUUUGAAGUAAAUAUCUUUCUUGAGGUUUGGGUGGAAAAAAAAUCGUAACGAAAAAUGAAACUACACGUUUGUUUAUUUAUUUAUAUAUGUCCAUAUCAACCGUUAAUAAACAAAUUUUAUUGUA